AAUUUUGAAAUUUAAUUCAGUGCUCACUUUCGCUUGCAACGGUUCGUGAGUUGGUUUUUUGUAAACAUUUCUGGAGAAACAAUCAUACUAAAAACACACGACUAAAAACGAUCGAUUCGUACCUACAACAUCAGCAUUAUUUGGCCAAAACAAAAUAAAAAAAAACCGUCUAGAGGCUUAAAGCGUGUAUCUGUAAUUCAAAAACAACACAAUCACACAAAAUUUGCAAAUUAAAUAACCCCCAACAGCAACAACAAUAAACAAAACAAAAAAACUGCAAAAAAUCUAUUCGUUCCACCCUAAUAAAUUUUAACUAAAGAAGAAGCAAAACAAACAAAGCAAAAUGAAAUUCUUGGUCAACACAUUCGCCGUAUUGUUGGUGGUAGCCUGCGUCAGUGGAGCUGCCACAGAAAAUAAAGAAAAAGACACAAAGGAAGCUGCAACCGCCGCUGCUCCAGCUGAGGCUUCCAUCAAAAUCUAUAAACGCCUGAUACCAGCUGAUGUGCUAAGAGAUUUUCCUGGCAUGUGCUUUGCUUCCACUCGCUGUGCUACUGUUGAAGUUGGAAAAUCUUGGGAACUAACACCAUUCUGUGGUCGUUCAACUUGUGUGCAAAAUGAGGAAGAUCCUACAAAAUUGUUGGAAUUAGUCGAAGAUUGCGGUCCCUUGCCAUUGGCUAAUGACAAGUGUAAAUUGGACACAGAGAAGACCAACAAAACUGCUGCCUUCCCCUUUUGCUGUCCCAUCUUCACCUGCGAACCUGGUGUAAAAUUGGAAUAUCCUGAAGCCAUCAAAGAGGCGCCAGCUAAGAAGGAGUAAUUCUAACUCUAGGCUAUUUCAUCUCUGUAAAUACUAUUCAAUAAAUACAAAAUCCCCCUAAAAAAUACAAAAUAUCAUACAACUUGAA